AUGCCCCUUGUGAAGGACCUCCUGCACCCAUCCCCAGAAAAGAAGAGGAAGCACAAGAAGAAGCACCUGGUGCAGAGCCCCAACUCCUACUUCAUGGACAUGAAGUGCCCAGGAUGCUACAAAAUCACCACCGUCUUCAGCCAUGCACAGACGGUAGUUCUGUGUGUCGGUUGCUCCACAGUCUUCUGCCAGCCCACGGGAGGAAAAGCAAGGCUUACAGAAGGAUGCUCCUUCAGGUGGAAGCAGCACUAA